AGUACUGUACAGACUGAAGUGAAAACAGUGAGAAAGAGAGAGGGAGAGACUGUCACACUACACCCUCAUCUAACUGGACUACAGAGGGACUAUGUUAUCACAUGGUCAUUUGGUACUGAUGGUUCAUACUCAGAAAUGGCUGAGCUCUCAGAUGGAGAGAUUAUAACAGACUACAUUGAGAGAUUCAGAGGCAGACUGCAGCUGGACAGACAGACUGGAUCUCUCACCAUCAGCAACCUUGACACUGACGACUCUGGAGUUUACCAGCUACUGAUGAGGCACAAAAAUGGAACUCUGACUAAAUUUUUUGUCCAGCUAAAAGCUUACAACCCAGGACUUCAGAACCAGGUGCAGGCAGGACCUGAGUUAACCCUUUCAUAUGAAAAAAGGAGGACUGUGACUAUCACCCUGUCUCUUUCGGCGGCAGGUGGGCGUGGCGGCCGUGUGGCAGGCAUCCUCCUGGUGCUGCUGCUGCUGAUCGUGCUCGCCCUGGCCGUCCUGUCCAAUCGGCUGAACCGAGGGCCAUGCUCCCGCCCCCGCCUCGCCGCCGCCACGGGUGUGGCCAGGGGCCUGUGGGGCCGGCUGGGGGGUCACCUCAGCCCCGGGAAGAGAGGGGGACCCGGCGGAGGAGAGGACGAGGAGGACGAGGAGGAGGAGGAGGAAGUGGAGAGCGGGAGGGAUGUGGAGCGCGGGGCAGGGAGGGAUGGAUACAGCCUGACGGAGAGGGGGGAGGGACCAGCUGAAGACGACGACGACGAAACCUCCUCCGAAGAUGACUCCAGCAUGGAGGGGCACGACCUGAGGGGGCAAGCCAGUCACGAAGCCUACCUCCGCCUGCGUCGUUUCCUCCUUCUGUAG